CAUCUCAUGCAAGAACGCCAUUGAACUCUACACUACUCUCUGAUUUUCCGAGAUUAUAAUGAAUAGCGUAAGUUUAGCUUUCAUCGCCUUCCUUCUCCUUGCCUCGGUUGCCCUAGUUUCGGUGGUUUCUUUGGAGAACUCCAGCAGUCAAGAACGUGAUCAUGAAGAUCAUGGGUUCUCCACCAUCGUCCCGAGGGAGCUCAUGUGCGAUUCCUCCGGACGUGCCUGCACCCACAAGGCCGUUCGGGCCCUUGGAAAGGGCAAGCCGAACCUGCAAACCCUAGCAGACAGCCUGCGUUCAAAACGGGGAAAACCCUCGGCCGGGAUAUCAUCAGCAACCUGUCUGAAGGGGCAGUGAAUGCGGGGAACGCAGCCUCUGAGGUCAGGUUUGCGACACAGCUGCUGGAUGGUCUGAGAUUACUGGCGGGCAUUGCAGGCCUGGUAGGGUACGUGACGGCAUAUGGCAUGGGCGUGUGGGUCGUGUUCAUUUCAAAUUCUGCAUGCGCCAAAGCCAUCCCGCAGUGGCAGCUCCCUGCGGUUGAGAGAGUGGUGUCCGGAGCUUAUUGCAGGGCCAUGAGUUGCUGCAUCAGUGGGGCGGUGGUCGGCCAUUUCCUCGGCCUGGAAAGGAGCGGGAAGCUCAAAGGCUAUGAUCUUUUGGCUUGCCUUGUGACGGUUCUUGUGAAUUUGCUCUAUUUGGAGCCUCGAGCGACUAAGGCAUUGUUAGAGAAGAUGGAGAUGGAGAAGAAAGAUGGGAAACUAGAAGGGUCGUCGCCCUUGGAACCCUCCGGCAGUAGGGCAGGCAAUAGCAAAACAUCCGAGCCACCCGAACCGCCAUCAUCUGUUGAUGAUGGCACCACAGCCGGUUCCGCCAUCUCGACAGAGCGAGACAAAAGGAUAAUUAUCAAGGAGAGAAUGUCUAGAUUGAAUGCUAGAAUCGAAACCCUGAACUCGUGUUCGUGGUUCCUGAAUGUCACAAUCUUGGUCAGUCUUACGUUGCACCUCAUUUAUAUAGGAUAUCAUCUGCAGUUCGAUACGUAUUAAAAAAAAAAAAUCUCAAAGACUUUUGUACAUCAGCUCGUCAAGUCCCCUUAUUUGUUACAUCUCAUCUCAUAUGGGUUUCAUAAUUAUAUAUAUAACUAGAUGUAUAAUGAGUUAUUCGUUCUCUGGUGGCAAAAUAUAUAUCUAC